AUGGGGCGCCUCAGUCACACUAUUCCACCACGGCCCACCGUCCACGGGGUGUACCAAGGGUGCGAACCAAGGCCGUGCCCACGUUUCUUGCUUCCCGUUACCCAAAGCCGUCUCCAGCAAUGGGCCGACCACGUCUUGCUGUCGGGACCCUUUGGAGACUGCCGCGCCGGCACAGUGCUUCCGGUCCACGUACAACUAACCAACCCCCGUAACGGCACUACCUCCUCGCUGCAGGCAAUCCCAGAAGGGAUCGCGUUUGUCUUUGGCGUCGGAUUGUCGCCUUGUUUUAUGCAUGCCUCGAUUAGGUUGUCGAAUCCCGAGAGGCUCGAUGCCCUUUGCCAGAGACAAGAACAGAUGGCGCAAAAGGAUGCAGACGUCUUGAAUGAGGCCCAGGCUACCGAGAGUGCGGGGUUCUGCAAUAGCCCUGGUGCAAAGACCUUGACAGCCGAGGGCGUCGCCGACAAGCUGCGCAAGCCACUGUACACGCUCAGCGCCGGCGUUACGUGA